CUGACUCUCUUUGUUCCACAGCACAUGUCGAAGCCAUAUAGUUAGAUCCCAACAACUGCACAGCCAACAAUGUCUGCAAACUAUGGAGAAUACAUCUGCUUUUAUGGAAUGGCCUGAAUACACGUCAGAGUUAUGAUCCAUGAUUGAAUUUGUGUGGCGAAUUAGCUUAAGUCAGUGUGGAUUAACGGCAGGAGAGUGACUGAUUUGUUUUAGACUGUUGGGACACGGAUGACAUCUGGUAAUAUCAGUGAAGUGUAUAAGGCAAAACAACCAGAUCAUGGAGAAUUAAUCAUCAAAUUCUUUUCAGUUCCUCCUCCUCAAAGUCAUUUAAUACAACGUGUUUAAGUGGUCCCUGCUAUGCAGUCCAGCUUCAGUUGAUGUUGCGGUAGAGUUGUGGCUCAGGGAGCAUCAGAGGUCACGCGUGGUUUUCAUCAACUGCUGCACUGACUGACAGGGAGAAAUAAGUGCACACUGUGAAUGUGGGGGAGUGCACGCAACAUUAACUGUGCAGUGUUUGCUUCCUUGUGCAGGAGAAAGUAUAGUUGGUGUGUGUUGCUACCAGAUAUCUGAUAAAAAUAAUGUCAAUAGUAGUGAUACCAAUAUAUGAAGUGACAUACCGUUUUGUUAUUAUGUACUUAUUAUGCAAUAAUGCAACUUAUGAUACUCUUAAUCUUCCUAAAUGUCCGGCUGUUUUCAGCUAUAUUUAAAUAAGAUGCAGAUAUUGCACAGGUUCCCUUGUAGUUCAACAUGCCAAAGUAUUUUGAGCGAUCCAUACUGAAGUUAUGAUAUUGUGUCCUGUUCUGUUUUAAACCAGCAAGAUGUGGCUUCAUCAGAGUAAAAGGCAAUCAGAAUUCAAUGAAAGCUUUGGAAAAAAGAGCUUCCCGUUGCUGUUUAUUGUCUCAAGCCUUCAUAAUGCCCUUCAAUUAUUUUUUUAUUGCCACUUAGUCAGUCCUGCUAUUACGAAGUGAUCCAUUUGUGAUCAUAUUAGGGUUUGGUUUAAGCCAGACUGAUAUAAACUUGUAAGACUGAUCAGCUAGAAGUAUCCUGGGAAAACAUUAUGAUGGUUAUCAAUUAUUUAUGCGAGGAUUUUUGUUCUAGGGUAUUUUUUGGAUCAAAAGGUAGUUGUUUAACUGAAAAAAAAUCUGUUCUCCUUUUGAGUUGGGAGGGUGUACAAUGACAUUUAAAUUGUCAGGCUAGUGCAUGCAGCAGAAAAUAUACUGAGAAUACGAACAAUUGGUUCCCAAAUAAAUUGAGCUGAAACUUGAGGGGGCAAGGACAAAACAGUUUGGUUCCUCUUCAUUUUGUGCUGCUAUGUUAGGUAUGUCACACACUUCUCUAUAGCGGUAACACACACAGAGGACAGUUUCUAUUCAAAGGAAGGCCAGUGUCAAUGUGGUGGUCAUAUGUAUUUUAAAGUCUGGGCCAGUGAAGUUUUGAUUGAAGAUUUCGCACAUCAGUAAUGGUGGCGAGUGGACCUGACCAAAAGGGAAGCAGCAGGCACUGAAGAGUGCAGACGAAUGGAUGCCAUGUUAGAAAGGUUGAUAGAGCCUCUGAUACAAAGAGGACUCCGGCUCCAGUGAAGAUCCUCUCGACCUUAUUCUGAAGGAAUGAGCACCACCAAAACACACAUCUGCACACCGGGACGGACCCCUGCAACCGGACACAUCUGCAUAUUCUCCUCAAUCUUCAUUUACACUUAACAACUUGACUUGGGACAAAGUGGGGCACCUCACAGAGACGUCCAAGGUUUGAGAAAAUUCAACCAUCUUAAGUGAAUGAGGACUGUAUUUGUUGCUUUCACUCAGAGGGGUUUUUCAUCUUUGCGCGCAGUGCUCCCGUCUCACACCAGCACCAUAGAGACCAGGACAGACAUUUUACUGGGAGAGCAGAAAGCUCUGGACCAGAGUGGAGAGACGAUUGUUGGACCGGAGUCGGUUUUCAGGCACCAUGCAGUCAGAUGACCUCUUCAUCCGCAAGUUUCGCCGUCAGAACAUGCGGCCGCCUAUUGCCACCGUCAACUUUGACCCCAACCGGGAAGCAGGUCGAGUGGAGUGGCCGCCGAGGAGGGAGGCUGAUGGAGCUGAGGAUGAGAGCCUCACUCCGAGCCGCGUGGGGCUGACGCUGAGGUCGGUGGGCCGCGGCCACAUCAUGCAGAGAAGUAACAGCGAUGUAACCUUAGGAGACUUGGACUCCUCCGGGAAGGCAGGGGGGAAAGCAGCUCGGGUGGUUGGUGAGAAGGUGGGUGCGGGGGCUCAGGGUGAUGGGGGUGUGCUGCUACACAGGGAAUACGGCAGCCUGUCCUCGCUGGAGAGACAGACUCAAGCACAGGAGCCAAGGACAGACGAUCAGGGGCCCCUGAGUCCAAAUGCCCUACGCUUCAAAGACCCUUUCCUGCUUUUGGGCCUGCAGGGCAACCCUCCAGAGCCCGAUGGAUUCUUUCGUGGUCUGUCUGUGUCCACAGGGGACUCCCCAAAACCUGCCAAGCCGCCGAAGCCCGAAGGAUUAAGUAAGAAGACUAAACCCCCUCAGAUCCCUCAACCAGGUCCUAAUGAUAACAUUGGGGGCGGAGCCUGGGUGAGGAACUUUGCCCACUACGACGUCCAGAGCAUCCUGUUUGACCUCACUGAGGCGGCCACAAACAGAGACAGCAUUGGACGGAAAAAGAAUAUCACCUCUGGGGCUUCAGCCGCCUCCCAGCUGCGCCCCCUCUCCCAAGCCACCCCGUCCUCACCUGCACAGGGCGGGGGAGGCAACGGGGUGAAUGCAGAUGACCCCGAGCAGUCGCUGCUGCUGGACGAGGGUGAUGGCAAUGAUAACGAGCUCCUGCUCAGCUGCCCCCACUUCCGCAACGAGACGGGGGGAGAAGAGCAGGUGGGUCUCGGUCAAUCCCAGGGGAGGCGGGGACUCUGGUCGAGCAUGCGAACCCCCAACGAUGCAGUGUCGGUCCUGGAGGAGCCCAGAGAGAGUCACGUCCAACAGCAGGGCAAGAGCAACUACUUUAUAGAGCAUGCAGAUCUGGGAGCCCAUUACUAUCGCAAAUACUUCCACAUGAAAGAACACCAGAAUUUCUUCGGCAUGGACGACCGCCUCGGCCCAGUGGCCAUCAGUUUCCGCCGAGAGGAGAAAGACGGAUCCAGCGGCGCUCAGUACAAUUACAGAAUCAUCUUUCGCACCACAGAGAUGAAGACUCUGCGAGGUUCCAUCCUGGAGGAGUCUGUCCCUUCUGCCGCUCGUCACACGACCCCUAGAGGCUUGUCUCCCAAGAGGCUGCUGGAGUUCAUCAUGCCUGAACUGAACCUGCACUGCCUUCGCUUGGCUUCAAACUCCCCCAAGGUCAGGGACACCCUGCUGAAGCUGGACGAACAGGGGCUGAAUUUCCAGCGAAAGGUUGGGGUGAUGUACUGCCGGGCCGGGCAGAGCUCAGAGGAAGACAUGUACAACAACGAGAGCUCGGGCCCAGCGUUUGAAGAGUUCCUGGAUCUGCUCGGGGAGCGUGUGCGGCUGAAGGGCUGGGAGAAAUACAGAGCUCAGCUGGACAACAAGACGGACUCAACUGGGACACACUCGCUCUACACGCGCUACCAGGACUAUGAGAUUAUGUUUCACGUGUCUACUAUGCUGCCGUACACAGCCAACAACACGCAGCAGCUGCUGAGGAAGCGACACAUCGGUAACGACAUUGUGACGAUCGUGUUCCAGGAGCCGGGCACCCUGCCCUUCACGCCAAAGUCCAUCCGCUCCCAUUUCCAACAUGUCUUCAUCAUCGUUCAGGUCCAUGAGCCCUGCACUGACAACACCUAUUACAGGGUGGCCGUGACACGGUCUAAAGACAUGCCAUUAUUUGGCCCACUCUUCCCUAAGGGCGCUCGAUUCCCUAGCUCUCCCGCUUUCAGAGACUUUCUCCUGGCGAAGGCCGUGAAUGCCGAAAACGCUGCGGAGAAGUCAGAAAAGUUCCGCUCCAUGGCCACCCGCACACGGCAGGAAUACCUGAAGGACCUGGCUGAAAACUAUGUGACCACCACACCCAUCGAUUCCUCCACCAAGUUCCCCCUGCUCUCUCUGGGUGGCAAGCGCAAAGACAAGCUGAAGGGCGCCAAAGGGGCCGAGCUGCACAGUGCUGGGGCGCUGGUGUGGGCCGUGAUGGUCAACGGUGGAGAUGACGGGGAGGCUGGAGAACUCAGGCUCCCCUGUCUGCUCGGGGUGUCUGCUGAGUCGGUGGUGCUCAUUGAGAGGUGCACGCGCAGGGUGGUGUUUAACUGCUCCUGUCGAGAUGUCAUCGGCUGGAAGGCAGUGACAGAGACUAAGGAGGGGGGGCCCUGCUUGGAUAUCUUCUACGAGCGUGGGGAGUCUGUUUCAAUCAGUGCGAUGGAGAGCCAGGCGGAGGAUAUACGCGAGGUGGUGCAGAGGCUAGAGCUGGUGACGCGGGGAUGUGAGGCUCUUGAGGUCACUCCCCUGCGCGACGGCGUCGGACAGCCCGGCUUCCUGAUGAACGAGGAGGGUUUCGUGACGGAGCUGCAGCGGUUCUGUUACGCUGAGAGCGGAGGCCUGCAGCUGUGGGCUCGCGUGGUGCGACUGUGCGGCCACUCGCUGGUUCACCUGAGCCCCGAGGAGAGGACCAGGCUGCUCCGCACUGCGCACAAGAUCCACAUCACUGUCAUCCCACCUGACGAGAACGGCAAGCCACGCAGAAGUUUCUCCGAGCUGUACCAGAAAGCCAUCAAGGAUGCGGAGUGUAAACCCGGCGAGGAUCAGUCUGGAGAGGCCUGGGUACUGGACGAGAGGGAAGACGAAGAUGAUGACGAGGAGGAAGAGGAGGAGGAGGAAGAAGAGGAGGAGGAGAAGGAGGAAGGAGAAGCAAAGGAGGAAAAGCUGAACGAGAGUGGGGCCAAUGAAGCGGACAUGACGGAGUUGGAGGUGCAGGUGGAGGCCGAAGAGGGCGAAGGACAGUCGUGUGAUGAAGGGCAAAGUGAGAGAUGUCAUGGCUCGCUCCUCACGCCGCCCAGCUUACCUUUGCUACGGGCCACUUCUCUGCAGGACCAAGCAGCCAUUCAGAGCCAGGAGGGCAGCGGCUCGCAGCUCACACGCAGCUGCUCUUUGGAGAGACAGCCGACCUACAGGGAUUCGUGUGAUGGGCAUGUGUACGAAAACGUGGGGCUGAAGGGGGAAUGCCACAUCUAUGACAACGAGCUGAGGGACGCCACACCUGAUCUGAUCCUGACUGUCAAACCCAAGGUUCCCCUGGAGGACGUACAGUUCAUGGCCGCUGAGUUCGGUGAUGACAAAGCUUCAGUGAGUGACUCGUCUUCCCGGUUGUCAUGUUUAGACCGAGCUGAAAGAAAUUCACGAGCCCUAAGUCUUCACAACUCCAUCACCAAGAUUCUCUCAGAGACGACAGAGUCCACUGAGGAGGAGUGGCAGUCCAUCGCUGACCUGGCCACGGCCUGCCACAGCAUCCUGGAGGCUUUGUCCCGAGAGGACCAUAAAGCUGGAGACCCCUCCCAAGCAGGAGCCGACCAGACAGACGGCAAGCUGAAAGACUCAAAUGAGAGUGACUCUCCAGGCCACCUAGAAGAGAAGGUGUCGCAGCUGGAGUCCAUGCUGAAGAGGCUGCAGGAUGACCUGCAAAAGGAGAAGGAGGACAAGGCGGUGCUGCAGGCCGAGGUGCAGAGCCUCAGGCAGAACAACCAGCGGCUGCAGGAGGAGUCGCAGAGCACAGUGGCUCGCCUCAUCAAAGUCACCGAGCUGCUGUGCAACGUCAACAAGCCCUGUUAGCUUCACCGCUGCACACACAAAUCAGCAGAAAGAUGCAAGUCGUACAACGUGCUCGUACGCUCAGUAGACAGAUUUUGUUCGUAAAUAUUUGCAAAGGCAGACACACACACACACGCAUCCUGUUCAAUCUGUGUGUAACCACAGUCUCAAUCCUGAAUCAUGGACCUGCCUUUUGGUGAGGGAGUAUGCAAAUCAACCCAUGAAAAAGAACAAAAUGACAUUUCCAACAUCCCAUGACCUUCAUAGACUGACUGAUGUGCAGCUCUCAGGCUGCUACGUUGGCAUGCUAUGCCAGAGUGCUUCUCUUGGUGUAUAUGAUACAGUAUGUGUGUGGAUGUGUGCCGCAUGUGUGCGUGCGUGCGUGCGUGUGUGUGUGUGUCUGUAUGUGUGCAUCUCUUACUGUACCUCCUUGCUUCAAAUACUUGACAAGCUGGGCUGAAUAGCACUUGCAUAAAAAGUGGCAAUUAAGACUGAGAGACACUGUAUAGCAUGUUUGGUGGUGUCUUAUCUGAAAUGACCAAAAGUGUGUAUAUACGUAUAUAUACUGUAUCACCAAUAAUAUAUGUGAACAGUAGUAUCGCUAUCCUCUCUGCCAGACGUUUAGUUGCAAUGUCUGAGUGUGGUUCUGCCCGGCGCUGAUAGUGUGGAAGGCCUUGAAACAAAACAAGACAAGAAAAAAAAAAAAGGAGGAAGAUGACAAUGACAAGCCCGUAGGCAGCCUUCUACUUCAAAAGAUGUAAUGAUGCCAACUGACUGGCCUUAGAGCAAGGCCUGUUACGUAAGGACAUAAUUCUCUGCCCUCCUCACUUCUCAGUAGUACUGUAUUUAAGACACUGGAGUUUUUAAGGGAGAAAGUAUUUUAAAACCCUUACAUAAAAGGGAUGUAACCUGGAAAUGUCAUAAAAAAGGAACUGAGCAUGCUUGUUCCUCCUGGAAGUAUGUUGAAAACAGUGUAAAAGUGGAUACUGAAAAGGGUUUUUACCCCUCCUGAAAACGCAAACAAUGGCAGGAAAAGAGCUGCUUCAGCUUCCUUCCAUGAUUGCCUGUAACUGUUUUCUUCUAACCUCACUAUUGUAGCAGCCAUACUGUAGAAGAUCUCCUCCUACUGGCCUGAACCACAAAAUGCCAAAAGGCAGCUUUUACUUUCAGCUGGCAACAUAGCUUUAGGUGUCAGAAUAAAACACCUUGAACUAAUAGUAAAAUGCAGGAUAUUGUAUUUAAAUAUGUUUUGUGUUUGGCGGAUGUCUACAGUGACUAUUUUGGGUAAUUGUUUAGUAUGGCUUAUGAGUGGUAGCGGUAAGGACACUUGGUGAAAUCUUACCAUUCCACCCCGAUGUGUGUUUGUAUGUGUUUCUGUGUCGUUCUUGCACUUUUUGUUUUUUGUAAAAUCAGCACUGGACAGGGCACAUAGUGAACCUUAUUUAGCCCAGGUUAUGUCUUGCUCAACAUAAGAAGGUGGAUAAGAUCUCAUCCCCCUGCCACCACCUUUACCUCACCUUUUUGUGUCCACUGCUGUUGGCGCCAACAGCAGUAACGUGUGUUCAGAGGAGUCGGACUGCUUCUCCUCAGUGCCAACGAAAAAGCGCAGGCAGCUCUCCUGAAUCCCACUGAAAUCCAACGGAACUGACCACAAAUUAAUCUCCAACUACAAACUCUAUACUCCGACAAAAAGGGAUGCCAAACCUUCGUCAGUCACACCGACUCUUGUUUCUUGUACAAACUUCCUCUUGUAAUUUUAUUUUAGAGUCACUGUGAAUACCUGGUACCAGCAUAUUAAGAUACAAUAUAUACAGAUUAAAUUAUGAAUCUAAACUUUAUCAGUAUGUGAAGAUACUGUAUGUGUACAGCUGAACUGUUUCAUGUUACUUAGUGCAUUGGGUUACGUAUGCCCUCCUUUUUGCAGGAUGAUUAUGCAGAGAAGUGUUAAUCAUGACCAUGCAGGCGUCUUGUUUCAUCUCCUGGACAUGCUGAAGCCUCAUGACUGAACAGGGAGACGGUGGUGUGAGAAGACCUGUUUUACUGUGUCUUGUAUAGUUAUUUAGAUUGUAGGAGGUUGGUCAAGCAUGAGAAUGUGCCAAGCAACUUCCAACCCCCCCCCCCCCCCCCCGUUUGUGUGUAUGUAUAAAAAUGUAACUUAUUAAUCAUGCAAAUGUUUUCUUGUAGCUGUUUUAACUGGAGGGAAGUCUUGAGGGAAAAAAUGUGAAAUAGGGCAGAAAGGAAAAGUGGGCUUAGUUAUAAAUUUAAGUUUCUUUUGUAGAAAACCAACAACCAUGAUAUGACAACAUACUCUCUGCUAAAUGUGACAAUGGUCCUUUUUAUCAUUCUGAUUUUGAGCUAUUUCAGCGAUAGCUCUUGAAUAUAAUAAGGUCUUAAAACACCAUUAGGUACGCCUUAAUGAGUGAAACUCUUCUUUUGGAAUGGAUGUUUAAAUUGGUCAUACCGGUCUUAUCUGAAGGCUUAUUCCUCUGACUUUGUGCCUACCAGAAAAUGUAAUGUAUGGUAACCCAGCUUAGUGACCUCAUUUCUUUGUCUUUGGUUGCACUUACUGAGGUUUUGUUUUGUGGCAGAUGAAGGAUUUCCUAAGAGACCGUCGCAACAUCUGGUCUGUCAUCCGCUGUGCGAGGAAAUGUCAUUGAGUAACACAUGAUCCGAAAGAUCAGAUGAUGAUGAUGAUAAUAAUAGAUGUGUGUUGAGGCUCAGUGAUUACCACCGAUGGUUCAAGGAAGCAAACCGACAAAUAUAUGAUUUUUCAAAGCAAAUUAAAAGGAAAAAGUUGCUGAAAAUGA